AUGUUUGGAGUCCUCCGGUCGGGUAGUCUUUUGUCUUCCUUACGCAUGAAACGGUUGAGCAUCUCUUCACUCGAGCCAAAUUAUCGGGUGCCAAGAGUCGGACCCGAUGCCAUCUCUAAGCAGCCUAGCAUGGCGCCUCUCACCGCCGUCACCAUGUGGGAUCCCACGUGCAAACUAGUCUUUAGAAGUUACCGACGCCUUCUGAGGACCUCUCAACGUGUGUUUGAUAAGGACUUCCAAGCCCUGCAGGGUAAGUGUUGGUUGAUCAAGUAUGCUGAUGAGGUUGAGGAAGUUCUCAGGACAUCUGUGAUUCAAGCUCAGAGGAUGGAUGAAGAUAAAUAUCGUCUAAUAGUGAGGGAAGAUGUGCAGAAGUUUGACAACAUACCCUAUAGAGAUUCAUGAUCUAGAUGAUGAGAGUAUGAUUGAUGUAUAAUAUGUUUUGGAGUGAGUAAAGUACACAGAC